AAGAACAAACUGUGAUUGUGAUAGGCUUGAUUCCCAGGAGGGCGGCGGCGCUCGACUAUACCAGGUUGGGAUCGAGGCUAAGCAAAAGGUCAACCUAUGUUGUACCUCCUCUGACUAGUAUUAGUACGUUGCGUUCCUGUUUAUUUUUGUUUAGUGGGGCCUACAUCCGUGCUGUAAUUAGAAGAAAGACGGUACAUGAAAUGGAUUCCAGAGAUUGUGCAAAGAAAUAUUUUCAGGAGGGGUGCUACAGCCAAGCUUUGGAAAUAUAUACUGAAAAUGUGGCAGUAAAACCAGAUGCCGUUCUCCAUUCGAAUCAAGCACUGUGCAAUUUAAGGCUUGGAAAUUGGGAUGAUGUCAUUGAUAGCUGUGAUAAAGCUAUCAAACUAGAUUCCUGCUCUAUUAAGGCUUACUUCUUGAAAGGACAAGCAUUGAUUGAGUUGGGAAAGUUUGAUCCUGGGGUGAUCUGCUUAAAAACAGCACAUACCCUAGCAAGAGACCAGAGAAGAAAUUUUGGAGAUGAUAUAACAAGCGCCAUACGACUAGCCAAAAGAAAGAGAUGGGCUUGUCUCGAAAAAAAGCACUGUGAAAUGCAAUCUACAGUUGAUGGCCUAAUCUCGGAUCUCUUAUAUGAACACCAAAAAAAAUUACUAAGGGAGAUCAGGGAUAAUCCUGCAAAUAUAUCUACAGUGAAAAGCGAGUAUGAAAUUUUACAAGUUGAUAUAAAGAAUGUUUUCUUGAGGUUUGACGCAGAGCAAGGAAGAGAAGUUCCCGACUUUUUCUGUGGGAAAAUAAGUUUUGAUAUAAUGAUGGAUCCUGUAGUCACACCUAGUGGAAUAACUUACAACAGGCGAGAUAUUGAAGACCAUUUGCAGAGAGUUGGAAAUUUUGACCCCAUCACACGACAAGAACUAAAAUGUGAACAGCUGAUACCGAAUCUAGCAUUGAAGGAAGCCAUUGAUAGUUUUAUUUCUAGAAAUGAGUGGGUAGAGGACUAUUGAGGUUAUGGAACAUUGUAUUGAGGUACAUUAUAAUUAUCCUGAGAACGAAGAAAGUUUUGUUUGGUCGUCAUUAUUAAUUAAUUUCUGGAUUUUAAUAUUGGAGUUGAUUUUAGUUGAUUUCAGGAGUUGAGUUGACUCUACGAAAAGUGA